UACAAUUAUUUGAAUUCUUCGAGUAGAGAAGUAAACCCUAUGAUGUAAGACUUCAAGAAUGAGGAAGUCUACAACAAGUAAAACAAGUAAAGCAGUGAUGCUUACGCUGUGUACGUUUGACAACGUUUCUGUAGAAAGUUCUAAGGAAAAGAUCAAAAGAGCACCAUUGGAGAAAUCGACUCAUUAAUGAAUCAAGUUGCUUGACAAGUUCUGACAGAUGAUUUAAGAAUUAACUUUGUGACGGUGGCAGCUGUUACAUGAAGCCUCGACUUCAGAAAUGAGACUGUGCAAGUUGUGUAAAGCUUUGUCCUGAUCAGGAACAUGAGGAGAUAUGAGUGCCCAGCAGUUGGUGCUGAGACAGCGAGCAGAGCUGGUACAGACCCUGUGCAGUAGUGGGGCUUCUGAGAGCCUGGAGAGUGUGCUGGACCUGCUCUUGGCUACUGGUGUGCUGGUUUGGGAGGACUACCAGACUGUCCGGGUACCUUGCAGAACCCUGUGCUCCAACGUCAGAGAACUAUUGGACCUGGUCUACUCGAAGGGAGAGGAAGCUUGUGCGCUCCUGUUGGCUUCAAUCAGACAGGUCCUUCCUGAGGUUCAGAGAGCUGGGCUGUGCUUUGGACACUGUGAUUCGGAUCUAGAACAGUCUAGGAAGAAACCUGACUCUGCAGCCCAGAUCCUCCUGUCAGAGAGGCCGGGUCUUGUAAAGAGACUAAGGGAUUGCAUUGAAGGAGCUCUCCGGAUCCUGCUUGAAGUGGGAAGCUUUACGGUGUGUGAUUGUGAUGAAGUGCAGCUGCGUGUUCACACCCCAUCUCAACAGGCAAGGCGGUUGCUUGACCUGGUCAGUUCAAAAGGGGAGCCUACAGCUCAGGUCCUCCUUCAAUACAUUCAAAGAGAAGAGAAGCCUCACUCACUAACUAACCAAGAGGAGUGGAAACCUCCCACAGUGUGCUUGCAGUACCAGAAAAAGCUACGUAGCUCUGUGUCAGCCCAGUCUCAUAUUCUCAGCACAUACAAUGGGACCUGUAGUCUAUCCCUGGAUGACAUUUACACCGAAGGUGAUGUGGAGCUGGCUCACGGAUGCACUGAGGCCCAGAGGGUGUUGGGCCUCGAGGACAUUGUCGGAAUGGUGGGAACCUUGAACGAGCAUGCAGACACAGUGAUGGUGUCUGGGGAGGCAGGCAGUGGGAAGAGCACCCUUCUUCAGAGAAUCCAUCUGCAGUGGGCAAAAGGAGUUGCUCUGCAGGGUUUCCAACUGCUCUUUCCAUUCAGCUGUCGCAGACUUAACUCUGAACAAAGGGACCUGUCCCUGAAGGAGCUGCUCUUCCUGCACUGCUGCUGGCCUGACCAGGACCAGGAUCUUCUCUUCCGGUUCAUCCUGGACCACCCACACUUGAUUCUUUUCACGCUGGAUGGCCUGGACGAACUCAAACAGAGCUUCUCAGACGAGAGGAGGCAUUGCAGCCCAACCCAGUCUGCCCCUGUGCACACCCUUCUUUUCAACCUGCUCCAGGGCACCUUGAUGAAGGGGGUACGUAAGGUGGUGACCAGUCGGCCGGAGGCUGUGAGCCCUGCUCUAAAGAGAUAUCUGAGCAAGGAGGUUCUUCUCAAGGGCUUCUCGCCAGAUGGGAUUGAUUCCUUUGUGAGGAAGCACCAUCAAGACCCCACAGUGGCCACCAGGGUCCUUCAGUCGCUAAAGAGCAACUCAACGCUAUUGGGUCUCUGCCAUAAACCUGUCUUCUGUUGGAUUGUCUCCAAGUGCUAUAAGGAACUGCUGGGCUGUGGAGGAGGUAGUCCUCAGACCAUUACAGAUGUUUACCUGAUGGUCCUGCAGCACUUUUUCCAGCGCUACCAAAGGCAGAACAGAUCAUUAGGGGAUUCUUGGCUACACAAUCACCUGGAGACCAUACAACAUCUUGGACAGCUAGCCUUAGAGGGCAUUGAGACCUCCUGUUAUGUCUUCUCGGUAACAGAGCUGCAAAGAGGUGGGGUGACUGAGGAAGACAUAUCUAUGGGCUUCCUAAUCCACAGCAAGGACCUCUCCUCUAUGAGUUGCAAACACUACGAGUUCCUUCAUGUCACCAUGCAGUGUUUCUUUGCAGCAAUCUACGUUGUUGUCAACAAUAAUAAUGCCUCUACCAUCUCGAAGCUCUUUCAGCCCCAGGAAAGACAGCAGCCAGAUCUUACUACGGCGUGUCUGCGGCACUGCUGGGCCUCCACAGGCCAACAAGAGGGAAUUUCCGAAGCUACUGUCAAAGCAGACACACCCAACCUUCAGAUAACCGCCACCUUCGUGUCAGGGCUUCUUUCUCAACGCCACAGUGGCCUCAUGCUGCAAUGCUGCCCGUCACCAUCUUUGGACAGGAAGUACAGGCAGGUGUUCAAGUGCCUGUCCAGAAGCAUGCACAAGCACUUCAAGUCUAUCCCCCGUCCAGUGGAUGGGGAAAAAAAGAGCAUGCACGCCAUGCCAAGCUUUGUCUGGCUCAUCAAAUGCAUCUACGAGAUGCAGGAAAGAAAGAUUGCCAGAGAAACAAUGGCGAAACUGGAGGUGGAGCAUCUGAAGCUGACCUACUGUAACAUUGGUCCUGUGGAGUGCACUGCCCUGGCCUAUGUGCUCCAGCACCUGAAGAGCCCGGUGGGGCUUCAGUUGGACUAUAACUCUGUGGGUGAUGUCGGUGUGGAGCAGCUACUUCCUUGCCUGCAUGUGUGUGGCUCUCUGUAUCUCAGAAACAACAACAUAUCAGAUGAAGGAAUCCGAAAACUUAUUGAUAAGGGUAUUCAGUGUGAAAGCUUCCAAAAGAUUGCCCUCUUCAACAACAAGCUUACAGACGCCUGCACAAAGCACUUUGCUCAUCUCCUUAAGACCAAACAGAAUUUCCUCUCUCUCAGAUUGGGAAAUAAUAACAUCACAGAAGAAGGGGCAAAGCAACUAGCCGAAGGACUGAAGUUCAAUCAUUCACUGCAGUUUUUAGGGCUUUGGGGGAAUAAGAUUGGGGAUGUAGGAGCAGAUGCCAUUGCCAAAGCCCUAGAGAACAGCAAGACCCUGGUGUGGCUUAGCUUGGUAGAGAAUGGUGUUGGGAGUGCAGGAGCUUGUGCUCUGGCCCAAGUCAUAAAGAAAAGUAACACAUUAAAGGAGAUGUGGUUAACAAAGAACUGCAUCACCAAAACAGGGAUAGAAUACCUGAUUCAAGCUCUUAAAAGCAACAGUAGUGUGGAGGCAGUGUGGUUGAAAGGUAACGAGCUGAGUCCAAAGGAGGUUGAGGAGUUUACUCUCAGAGAAUCCCGACUAACGUUCUGAUUAGUUACAUUAAAUCCAGUAGAUUAAGUGGUCCAGACAACAGUGUAUAAAAAUAUUGUAACAUAACAAUAUUUUAAAAAGUUUUUUGGCUUUUCAAAACUUUUGUGUUUUAUGUGUGUAAAAAGUGACUCAGAUUUAUUGUAAGUAGGACGUAGGCCUAAAGUUUAGAGUAGCCUACAUCCUGUGUUGGUUUAUUGUUUCAAUGAAGAAUGCAAAAGUGUAAUAAAAUCUAUAAAUAUGCUAUUCUACUCUA